CUCUUGCUUGUCAAAAAAUUGCUCAAUAUUACUUUCGUGGCAAACAUACGAUACGUUGUUUAUUUACGAGACAGAAUUUUUGUUCGUUGAUUUUUUUCGAUUUGAUUUUUUGAAUUUUUUCGACUGUUUUUUUUUGGUUUUUUGGUUUUGAUUUUUUCUUGUAACCAAAAUGAGUGUCGAAAUACCUGAAAUAAAAUGUCUAAUAAAUUUAGAAAAUUUAUCAUCAAAUGGAUCAUUAUUAAAUAAAUCAACAAUAACAAAUGGUCGAUUAUGUUUAUGUCGUAAUAAUUGUGGUGAUUGUGUUCUAUUAGUUUGUAAUGAUAAAACAAAAGAAACAAAACGUUUUACAAUGGCUAAAAAUAAAGGAAAUUAUCGUUUGAAUACACGAUUUGUAAACGAAGGAAAAUGUUCAAUUCUGCUCAAUGAUUAUAAUAUUCGUCUUUUCAUAUCGAAUUGUCCAUCAAAUGAUUUAUCAUUAUUUUUAAAAGGAUUUUGUUUAAAAUGUAGUAAUAAUGAUCAAUUAACCAACACUACCACCAAUAGUAAAUGUCAACUAUUCAAUUCGAAUCCAAAUAUAGCUAAUCUUCGAUUAAAUAAAUCAAGAAAUUCAAAUAUUGAAAAAAUAAGUCCAUUAACUGGUAAUGAUUUUAUUAAAGCUAUAUCAUUUCGUGAUCGUACCAAUCUACAACAAUCGAAUUGUAAUAAUAAUAAUAAUAAGAGAAUGGAAAAAAAUCAACAAGUUACUUCACCAUUAGCAGCUAAAAAUGGUAAUUUUUCAAAACGAAAACUUGAUACAAUUUUGGAACAAAUUUCUGAAUCUAGUCCAAAAACUAAACGUAAAAUGUUAUCAUCAAUUAUACCAUCACCAAUUCGUGCAUUAAAAGUUUUAAAUGCAACCAAUCUAACUGAUGAUCAAUCAAAAGUUGUUAGUGCUGUUUUACAUGGACAAAGUGUUUUUUUUACUGGUAGUGCUGGUACAGGAAAAUCUUAUCUACUCAAAUUUAUAAUUAGUCGUCUUCCACCGGAUUCAACUUUUGUUACAGCUAGCACAGGAAUUGCUGCAUGUCAAAUCAAUGGUAUUACAUUGCAUUUAUUUUCCGGUAUUCCUGUUAGUUGGUUAGAAAUGCAACAAAUCGAUUCGAUGCAACGAAAACUAACACCACAAGAAAUUGUUUUACGUUUAUGUAAAAAUGAACUUAAAUUACAACGUUGGAAAAAUUGUAAAUGUUUAAUUAUUGAUGAAAUAUCAAUGGUACCGGGUGAUUAUUUUGAAACACUUGAUAAAGUAGCACGAAUUAUACGAAAACGAAAUUCUCCAUUCGGUGGUAUACAAUUGGUUGUUUGUGGUGAUUUUCUACAAUUACCACCAAUUUCUAGAAGAUCACAAGAAAAAAAACAACAUGCAUUUCAAUGUAAAGCAUGGAAAGAUUGUAUAAAAUAUUAUUUUGAAUUAAGAAAAAUUCAACGACAAACAGAUAAAAUAUUUAUUAACAUUUUACAAAUGAUACGUGUUGGUAAAAUGAAUAAUUUAGUUCGUGAAACAUUACUUAAAACAACUGAAAAUGAUUUAAGAAAAAAUAAUUCAAUACCAACACAAUUAUUUCCAUUACGUCAAGAUGUUGAUACAGUGAAUACAAAUCAAUUAUUAAAAAUUCAAACAAAAUCACAAUAUUUUUUGGCUGAAGAUAGUAAUGGUAUUUAUAGUGAAAUACUUGAUUCACUUUGUCCAACACCACGUCGUCUUGAAUUGAAAAUCGGUGCACAAGUUAUGUUGAAUAAAAAUUUAGAUUUAAAUCGUGGACUUUGUAAUGGUAUGACCGGUAUUGUUAUUGGUUUUGAAUGUGAAUCAAAUGGAUUAGGUUCUCAACAACAACAACAACAAUUACUUCCAAGAAUACGUUUUAUUAAUGGUAUUGAAACAAUAAUCGAUUAUGAUAAAUGGUCAUUUCGUUUACAAGAUAAUUUUACUGUUUAUCGAAAACAUUUACCAUUACAAUUAGCAUGGGCAUUAUCCGUACAUAAAUCACAAGGUAUGACUAUAACGAAUGGUGUUGAAAUAUCAUUGGCAAAAAUUUUUGAAUCAGGUCAAGCAUAUGUCGCAUUAUCUCGUUCUACAUCAUUAGAUAAUAUUAAAAUACUUAAUUUUAAUAUUGACAAUAUAAUUAUUGACCAUGAUGCAUUGGAAUUUUAUAAACAAUUAAAAUAUGUAGUUUAAUUAAUGAUUUUUUAAUUAAAUUUUUAUUUUUG